CUUCCGGCCCGGUAACAGUCGUCAGGGGGACCGCGCUCAGGAGGAGGAAGAAGAGGAGGAGGAUUUUUCUGCUGUUUUUACUCACUUUUGUGCGGUUCCUCCUUCACAGCGGACUCCCAGGCGCCCGCACAGGCCCAGGACCGGACAGGACCGUCGCUUUGGCGCAGUUUGACCGUCACUUUGGCGCACGGCAGCUGGAGGUUCAACAUGACCCACCAGGCUGCGGCUCUACAGACCUACAACAACGAGCUGGUCGAGUGUAUCGAGGACUUGUGCUCGAAGCGUGAGGAGCUGAACCGUCAGAUCCAGCAGGAGGAGGAGGAGAAGGAGCGGCUCCAGCACGACAUCCGCGUCCUGUCCGAGAAACUGAGCCGCGUCAACGAGAGCCUGGCACAGAGACUGGCAGCGCGCGCCACCUUCGACCGCACCAUCGCCGAGACCGAGGCUGCGUACUCCAAGAUCCUGGAGAGCUCCCAGUCCCUCCUGAGCGUCCUGAAGCAGGAGGCGGGAAACCUGAGCCGAGCCACCGAGCCCAGACGCAAAAAACAGUGAUGUUUACGGAGGCCCCUGAACACCACACGCACUCAUCUUCAUCAUCAUCUAUUUAUGUAUUUAACUCUUUUCAAUGUUUUUGUGCUGUUUGACAAACUACAUUCCAAAUAAAAUGGUUUAGUAAAAAUAA